AUGCUCGUUCCUCCCUCCCUCCCCUGCAUACCUCAAUCCCCUUCCAACAACCCACACCUUUCCAGCUCUUCCAACCCAUCAAGGAAGUGCGCUACAGCAUGCUCCUCCCCUCGCCCUACCCCAUUUCCCUCCCUCAUUGCAUUCCUCAUUGCCUCUUCCUCCUUCUCUACCCUCCAUUCCACCACCCGAAAUCCCACACCUUUCCACCUCUUCCAGCGCAUCAUGGCAGGGUGCUAUGGUGUGCACUGCAGCUCUCUCCACCCUUCCUUCUCUACUGCAUGCUCGUUGCUUCCCCUCCCUUUAUCCCCCCUUCCCUCCACUCCUGCCCUUCCCCCUGGCGAGUCUCCUCGUCCAAAAUUAUUGUCAAAUUUCCUCCUUAUAAGCUACCACAAUGAAAUAAUCUCUGUGCCUCUUGCACCAUUCACAAUCUUCCCCACCGCACUCACCUCCUCCCACCCCACUCACCUCCUCCCACCCCACUCACCUCCUCCCACCCCACUCACCUCCUCCCACCCUACUCACCUCCUCCCACCCCACUCACCUCCUCCCAUUCCACUUAUCUCCUCCCACCCCACUCACCUCCUCCCACCCCACUCACCUCCUCCCAUUCCACUCAUCUCCUCCCACCCCACUCACCUCCUCCCACCCCACUCAUCUCCUCCCACCCCACUCAUCUCCUCCCACCGCACUCACCUCCUCCCACCCCACUCAACUCCUUCCACCCCACUCACCUCCUCCCACCCCAAUCAUCUCCUCCCACCCCACUCAUCUCCUCCCAAACCACUCACCUCCUCCCACCCCAAUCAUCUCCUUCCACCCCACUCACCUCCUCCCACCCCACUCACCUCCACCAAUAGUGCCCCGUCCAUCCAUCCUACCCUCUCCAACCGUCAGCUGCUCAUUCUUUCAACACUGCCGUGCUAUGCCCAUCACCUCACCUCAUCUCAAAUGCUUUCAUCCGUCCAGUGUAUGAACCAACUUUCUCCCUCCACCUCAGGUCCUCCUCCUCUGCCCGCCAUCACCCUCUCGUCUGCUCCCACACCAUACCAGGCAAGCAGCAGCACUGUUGUCAUCGCAUCUCCAGGCAGCAUCCUUCCCUCUCUUCCACAUCACCUACACUGA